AUGGAGAAAAUCAUCUACGACUUCUACUCUGAUCUCUUCGACAACCACGUCCACUUGCCUCCUCACCAUCUGAGGGAAGAUGGACAAGUCAUUCCAGAGGUUCUCCCGUCCAAAAUACGACAUGCUAUCAUGUCGGUAAGAAAUCGUACGGCACCCGGUCUCGACAGAUUAAGACCAGAACACCUGAAGAGCCUUCCGCUAGUACUCAUCAACACCCUGGCAAGGCUCUUUACACGUUAUCUGUCGGAAUGCAAUGUUCCUAAACAGUGGAAGACCAGCAAGGCCGUGUUGUUGUAUGAAAAGGGAGAUCUGCAUGACAUCGGCAACUAUCGUCCAGUCUGCCUACUGUCCGUUAUCUACAAGCUCUUUACAAGAGUGAUCCUUAAUAGGAUUGAAAAAGUCCUGGAUGAAGGACAGCCAUGCGAGCAAGCAGAGUUUCGAAAAGGAUUCAGCACGAUUGACCACAUUCACACUGUUUCGAAACUCAUCGAGGUAUCACGAGAGUACAAGAUGCCGCUCUGUCUCACCUUCAUCGACUUAAAGAAGGCCUUCGACUCAGUUGAGACGGAAGCGGUCGUGGAAGCCUUGGACAACCAAGGCGUCCCUACUCAGUAA